AUGGUACUCUUACUCGGUGACUUUUACACUGACUCUUAUGUGAUCAUAGCAGAUUUACGUGUUCAUAAAGGAUUGAUGAAAGUGAAGAAUCCUCUUAUGACAUCUACUCCCCAUCCAGAGCGCUUAUCAUUGGUCCAAUUAUCGAAGGAUCAGGGUUCGGACAGCCAAAUUAGCCCAAGGCAUCAGCACGUUUGGUCUAGAGGCGAGUCUGACGGGGAUCUUAAGCAAGAGGGUUCACCAACUUUCGUGACCCUCGAAAGACCACAAUCCAGACAAGCGGCAGUCAAGAACAAACCUGCCAAAAGAUGCGCAACUUUGUGA